AUGAGGCCUAAGCCUCGAGAGCGAUUCAAUGCAAAGGCGCGAAAAUCUCAAGUGGGAGGAUCAUCCCACAAAGGUAAAAAGUCUAGGAGAGAGCGUCAAAUAAUCGAAGCUGAUUCUAACGCACAAAUUAUUGAUGAGGCAACACGCGAUGCACUCGCUGAGCAGGACCGUCAACGCCGUCAAUUACUCCGUGAAGGCGGCAAUGACGAAACUAUGAAGAUCUCAUCAAAAAAGCGUAAGCGCCUUGAUAAAUUUAUACAAGCGAAACUUCGCAAAGAGGAAAAAGCUCGUGUCCUGGAAAAGUUAGCUAAGUCUUCUGCCGAAAUAGGCGACCGGACAGAGCUUGUCAGCGCCGCCACACUUGGAACAGGCCAUGUAACAAAGGAAGCUGAACGGGUUAAAAAAAUAAUGAAUGGGCCAGAUGCAAGGAAAAAGUCGCGCCCAGCUGUCCUUACGAUUGAAGAAGAUGAUCAAGAUAAUGAUCUUGAUGCUAAAGACGACAAAAAUCCCUCUGAACUUGCCCGCGAACAUGUAUUACCAGAUAUGGAUGACAGACAGCACCGUAUUUUGGAAGCCUUGAAAAAAUUCGAGCCGAAACAAGAGGCUGCGUGUGCCAAAAAUACGGUCCCUGUUGUUGUUGGCUCAGCCCUCGCCAAAGAUGCAAACAAUGUGCCUAUCCAACCUGUAAUGCGAAAGCGUCAACGAAAAGGGAAUGUAAAUGGAAGAAGCAACCUACCGAUUGUAGCGCGCGUUAUGCGCGGAAAACAUGAAAUGGAAGAGACCAAUGAUACGGAUAGCAGUUUUGAUACCGAGGAUGACGACACUGACAGCCCUCAGGAAGAAUCAGAACAAGACGAGGAUCUAGACAUUCCGAUGAACGUUUUUGAUGUGGACCAGCUCGUCGCAGAGAGACGAGCACAGGAGCAAGAUAAUGAGUCUAUUGCUACCGACGAUCUCGAGAGCGAAGAAGCCGAUACUGAUGCUGAUGAAGAGACAGUUUUGCUGGAAGCUAUGCGUCUUAGAGGAAUGCUGCCAACUAAAGAAGGUACUAUACCAGAUCAUUUCCUAUCGAAAAUGCAAGCCCCCAAAAAUCUGAAGGAAAAAUAUGUUGAACUACAUGAGAAAACUAACGACACGGACGAAAUAGGCGAAGUUUCGGGCAAGUCCGAAGAGAGCAGUGAGGAGGCUUAUUCUUCAGAGUCUGAUGAAGACAGUUUAGAGAGUUUUAGCUCGAAAGAUCUUCAAGAACGCUCAUCAAAACGUAGGGGUAUUGGUGAAUCUAGUCGAAGUCGCGGAUUUAAAGAGUGGGCCAAUGAGGCUCUCCAGCUUGCACGUCCGAAAGGUAAGGAUGACGAUGAGCGACCAUUGGAGCCUGUGGGAGGUUUCGUGGAUCGCGUACGUGACCUAGGUCCUCAGGAUGGUAAAAUACGUGGUCCUCUUGGGCAAGACUUGUCGGAUGUCCGAUCGGCAUUUACGCAACAAUACUUUGACGAAGAGGCAUUUUUUCGCGGUUUAGGUGAAAAAGCACCCCUUCGGCAUGUGGCUGUUAAACGACCGAGUGAUCUCCAAGAGGCAAGACUGCAACUUCCUGUCGUAAGCGAAGAAGAUGCAGUGCUCCGAACAAUUUUUGAGAAUCCAGUAACUGUUUUAUGUGGUGAGACUGGAAGUGGUAAAACGACGCAAGUGCCGCAAUUCUUGUACGAGGCGGGUUUUGGCUCAAAAGGAAGUGCCAACCCAGGUAUGAUCGGCAUCACACAGCCUCGUCGCGUUGCUGCUGUGAGUAUGGCGCGACGAGUAGCACACGAGCUACAGCUAUCGAAUAAUCAUGUUUCACACCAAAUUCGGUAUGAUGCAACAACAAGUCCACACACGCAAAUCAAGUUCAUGACAGAUGGUGUUCUUCUUCGUGAACUUGCACAGGAUCUUACACUGGCGAAAUACAGUAUUGUAAUCGUGGACGAGGCACAUGAGCGCAGCGUCAAUACCGAUGUGCUUAUUGGUAUGCUCAGUCGUGUGGUGAAAUUGCGUGAAAAGCGCUGGAUUGAUGCAAAAGAGAAAGGCAUGGACGCGCCCAGACCACUGCGACUUGUCAUCAUGAGUGCAACAUUGCGAGUCAACGACUUUACCAAGAAUUCGAUGCUGUUCUCCACGCCACCUCCUGUUGUUCAUAUUGGCGCAAGACAACAUCCUGUGACGAUUCACUUUAAUCGUCGAACGGUCCAAGAUUAUGUGACAGAAGCUAUCAAAAAGACAAGUAAAAUUCACACACGCCUACCGCCGGGUGGAAUUCUGCUUUUCAUGACUGGUCAACAGGAGGUGCAAACUGUAUGUCGAAAGCUCUCGCAACGUUAUGGGGCAGAUGCUCUCUCUAAAUAUACGAUCGAAGCGGUAAAACCUGCUAUGUCUACUCGCAUAGCCGAACCAGAGGCAGAAGAGAUGGAUCUCGGAACCGCAGAAGAUCUGGAUGUGGACGAUGACUUGGAUAAUGAAGUACAAGAAGACGAAGAGGCGCUUGAUUCUGACGAUGAAUCACUGCCGCUGGCUGAAUCUGACACACCGAUGCACAUCUUACCUUUGUACUCUCUUUUACCUUCUUCAGAGCAACAACGUGUGUUUGAAGAUCCACCAGAAAAUACGCGCCUGGUUGUCGUGGCCACAAACGUGGCCGAAACGUCUAUCACAAUUCCCAAUAUCAAAUAUGUUGUUGACUGUGGUCGCGCUAAAGAGCGCCAGAUUGACCCACGCAGUCAAGUACAGUCGUAUGAUAUAUCAUGGAUCAGCAAAGCUAGUGCUGCUCAACGUGCUGGUCGUGCUGGUCGCACGGGACCUGGGCACUGCUACCGCCUAUAUUCUUCAGCUUUGUAUGAAGAGCUUUUCCACGACUUCAGUGUGCCGGAAAUUCUACGCACACCUGUCGAUGGACUCGUUUUGCAAAUGAAAGCCAUGAACAUUGACAAUGUGGCAAACUUUCCAUUCCCUACCCCUCCUAAUCGCUCUGCGCUAAUAGGGUCAGAACGCAUGCUGGUUCAUCUGGGUGCUUUGGAGAAUUCGGACGCCGUAUCGGGUAGCAAGCGAGUCGUGCAUACUUCCGUUACAAGUCUGGGAAAAGUCAUGGCAUUGUUUCCUGUUGCACCGCGUUAUGCAAAGCUCAUAGCUCAAGGGCAUCAACAUGACUGUAUGGCGUAUGUCAUUGCGAUUGUUGCUGCUAUGAGUGUGGGCGACAUUUUCGAGCGUGAAGACUCAUUGGCUCUCAAGAUGACUGCGGAAAAUCAGGCUCAAGCCAAAGAACUUCGACGUGCAAUGCGUUCUGCAUACUUUAAAGCGCUACAGGUGUUUGACGCUUUGGGUGAUGGUCAAAGUGAUGUAUUCCGUCUUCUCAGUGUGGUUGGUGCGUAUAGCCACGAGGCGUUGCGUGGUAGUUCUGUGGCAUUUUGUCGCGACAAUUUUGUAAGACAAAAAGCGAUGGAAGAAAUCCACAAGCUACGUGCACAGCUGAGCAAUGUGGUGCAGGCCAAUCUUUCGGGUCUUUCGGAGCGGCAAUUGCGGCAACUCCAAAAUCCUAGCUUGCCAGCACCUAACGCAGUGCAAAUAAAAGUGUUGCGCCAACUGCUUGCUUCAAUCUAUAUUGACCGUGUGGCUGUGCGUGCUGAUAUUGUUGGUGCACCUGAGGCAGAGUUGGCGCCUGCAGCCCAAGGAACCAAAAUGGCCAGCACCCGACGCGUCCCAUACGUGGCAUUAGGCGUUCCUGGGCCUGUCUACAUUCACACGAGUUCCACCUUUUACCAUCGUCCUCCACCGGAAUGGCUCGUGUUUGGUGAAGUUUACCAAAGUGCACCGAAGGAUGCAUCACUAGAUAAUGAAGAAGAAAAACCACGCACGAUAUUUCUCAAAAUGCUGACCAAGAUCAACCCUGCAUGGAUCCAUACGCUGGGUCGAUCUUUAUGUACAUUUUCUCAGACCACAGAAGAACCAGGUACAUCGGCUCUUUCAGACUCCAUCAAAGCGUUGAAGCGGGGAGAAAGAUCCUCACUUCAGCGCCAUGUUGUGAUAACGCCUCGUUAUGGUGGAUCUCUACAAGAUGGCGGUGCCGCAGGCGGUCAGGGGUGGGAACUCCCCGCAUUCACUGCCAAACAAGUACUGGUCAAUGGGCGAUGGUCACUACAGACCUGA